AUGGUCUCCUUCUCCUACCUAGACGCCACCUUCCUACCUCUCCUCCUCGCCGCCACCAUGGCCAACCCUCUCCAUGCCUGCCUCCUGCUCGCGCUCAUCUUCCUCGCGCUCGCUUUCUUCCACCCUGGCGGCAUCGCGUGGGCGCUGUCGUCGUCCGGCGGCCACGGCGGCGCCGCCAUCCCUGGGCCGCCGGGAGUUCUACUCGCGUUCGCCGGAGCGAACCCGCACCGCGCGCUGGCCAGGCUCGCCGCGUCGCGCGGUGACACGCGCCUGAUGGCGUUCUCCGUCGGGCUCACCCGGUUCGUGGUGGCGAGCCACCCGGACACGGCGCGGGAGAUCCUCGCGGGCGCCGCGUUCGCCGACCGCCCCGUGAAGGAGGCCGCCUCCGAGCUCAUGUUCCACCGCGCCAUGGGGUUCGCCCCGCACGGCGAGUACUGGCGCCGGCUGCGCCGCUUGGCAUCCGCGCACGCGCUAAGCCCGAGGAGGCUCGCCGAGCGCCGCAGGGCGAUCGGCGAGGAGACCGUGCGGCGCGUGUCGCUCGCCAUGGCGCGCGACGGCGUCGUCGGCGUGAGGCGGCUGCUGCACCUCGCGAGCCUGGACAAUGUCAUGGCGACCGUGUUCGGCGUCGGCCUCGGCGAGCUCGGCGUGGGCGCGGUGUCGGAGCUGGAGGAGAUGGUGAAGGAAGGGUACGAGCUGCUCGGCACCUUCAGCUGGGGUGACCACGUGCCUCUGCUGCGCCUCCUCGACGUUCAUGGCGUCAGGAGGAGGAGCAGGGCGCUGGCGUCUAGGGUUAGGGUGUUCGUCACCAAGAUCAUAGAUGACCACAGAAGGAGAGGCGCGAAGAACGGCGGCGGCGACGACGACGACGACGAGGACCGUGACUUCACCGACGUCUUGCUGGGGCUGGAGGGAGAGGAGAGGCUGGAGGAGGAGGACAUGGUCGCUGUCCUCUGGGAGAUGAUCUUCCGUGGCACGGACACGGUGGCCAUCUUGCUGGAGUGGGUGCUGGCGCGGAUGGCGCUGCACCCGGACGUCCAGACCAAGGCGCAGGCCGAGAUCGACGCCGCCGCGGCGGACGGCGGCGCCUCCUCGUCGUCGGGGCUCCGCUACCUGCACUGCGUCGUCAAGGAGUGCCUGCGGAUGCACCCACCCGGCCCGCUGCUGUCGUGGGCGCGCCUCGCCACGCGGGACGCCCACCUCGACGGCGGCCGCGCCCUCGUCCCCGCCGGCACGACGGCGGUGGUGAACAUGUGGGCCAUCGCCCGCGACGGCGGACUGUGGCGCGACCCCGGCGUGUUCCGGCCGGAGAGGUUCCUGGACGAGGCCGCCGACGUGGGCGUGUCCGGCGGCUGCGACCUCCGGCUGGCGCCGUUCGGGGCCGGAAGCAGGGCGUGCCCCGGCAGGGCGAUGGCGAUGGCCGCCGUUCACCUCUGGCUGGCGCAGCUUCUCCGGAGCUUCCGGUGGGUCCCGUCCGGCGUCGGCGUCGACAUGGCCGAGCGCCUCAACAUGUCCCUCGAAAUGGAGAAGCCAUUGCGCUGCGUCGCGCUUCCAAGGACCUCGUCUACCUAGCCAGCUAGAGUGUCCUAAACGCAUCAAAUCAAAGCUUAAUUAGCUACCAACUUGCUUAGAAUAUGUAUGUAUUGCAGUCCUUUGUCUUGCAAGCUUCGUAAUAAUUGGCUAUAGCUUUUUUAAAGCAAAAGGCCAGAAUAAAUCAAUUCCAUUAUGUACAAAAAUAUGUUCCAACCUUAUAGA